CUUUACCCACAAUGCACAGCGGAAAAGCCACGUAAACGUAAAGAACCAUCACCGCUGUUUGUGAUCUGCUCUCUGCACAGUUUCAUACCUGCAUAUAACAGAUGUCCAUAUGAUGCUACACUCGUUUACCAGGGCUUCAGUGAGACUGCCAGAGCUAUAAGAUGUCGAUGGUGUUGUUUGCCUCUGUGGUUCGGGUUGGGGAUGGCCUGCCUCUUUCUGCAUCCACUGACUAUGAGCAGGACAAAGAGCUUCAAGAAACCAAGAAGCACCUCAAAGGUCUUUCCAAAAAACUCAGCCAGUUCCCUGACCGCUGCACGCUUAAGAGUGGACCAUACAAUGUCAAUUUCACAAGCGCACUGGGUGUUGGGUACCUGAUGGUGUGCACCGCAAACUACCCCAACGUGCUGGCUUUCUGCUUCCUGGACGAGCUACAGAAGGAGUUUAUCAUCACCUAUGACACCAAACGAAUCAGCAGCGCUGUGCGGCCGUACUCCUUUAUUGAAUUUGACACCUUCAUCCAGAAGACCAAACAGCGCUACAACAGCCCGCGUUCUUUGUCCACCAAAAUCAAUUUGGCUGACAUGCAGACAGAGAUCAAGCUGCGACCGCCCUACCAGCUCUCCCCUGAGGACCUGAGGGCUAUCAAUGGAUUCUCAGUGCACACGUCCUCUAAAUACAAGGGUAUAGCUCCCACACAGAUGUUGGACCCCGUGACUCUCCCAGGCAUCGUGUCCUGUGUGCUCAGUGUCCUCUGUGGAGGCCUGAACCUGCUGCGAGGGGUCCACGCUAUAGAGAGCAUACUACAGAAUGACGAUGAAGACUUUAAUUAUGUGAUUGCCUUCUUCCUCGGCACAGCAGCCUGUCUGUAUCAGUGCUACCUGUUUGCAUACUUCUCUGUCUGGAGGAACAGUAAGUCCUUCCUGGCAUUUGCACUGAUCUGUCUGUCCAACAUGUAUCUGUAUGAACUGAGAAACAUGUGGCAGAUCCUCUUCCAUGUGGCGGUGGGGGCCUUCAUGACCCUGCAGAUCAGACUUAGGCAACCACUGGGAAAAGCACCAGACUACAACGUCUGACAAAAACUUUAAACACAAAGGACAAACAGACCUUCUGUCGGAUGUCUCACACACGCCCUGGAAAUGCAGCGGAGACGGCACUGACCAGUCUGGGAACAAAGUGGAAACAAAAGAACAAUCCUCCCAGUUCAGAAAGAACAACCAACAACCCUGCAGCACCACAGUGCAUCUCAGUGUGGACUUGGAGGAAACUCUGCUGCAGCCCCAAUCAUUUAUGGAAUGGAUUGGAUUGAUUUUCGAGCUGUCUACUCCCCACCAGUGUCUGAUAAAGAUAUUUCCUUUUCCUACUUUCAGUGCAGCCAUAGUUGAGGUCAGAGUCCUGCAUAUGUCCAGUUUUGCAAACCCAUACUCUUCCUUGGCCAAGCACGUAAACCGGCCUGUUCUGUAUAACACACACUUAUAACCAAACACACAGGCUAUACAUCUCUAGUUGUUACUAGGAAUGUAUCAUGCAAAUAUGAUAUCUUCCAGUACCAGAGUUCAAGUACCAGGACCAAAAUUAUACUGACUUUAAACAAUAAAGUAAAAAUGUUUUUUCCAUUUAAGAGAGUAAGUGAAACAUAUCAAAUAAUUCAACUCACACAGGCUUGCCUGAAGGCUAAAUUGAUGUUCAACAGCAUACAGCUAAAAUUAAACACAUAGUAAUCACUAUUUUAAACAAUCAAGUAAAAUGUACUUGUAAACUGUGAAAAUUACUUUAGGAAAGAUGAACAUAAAAAUACAAGCAUGUCAGGACAUUCAUUUCAAUUUCUAGUUCAGUGUUAGUUUUUUUGUCUUUCACUUACAUCACCCACAUCCCACUCACAAUAAAACGAGUUUUAUUUUCUGCCUGUUUCAUGCACUUUUUGCACAUGUACCUGUGUGUAGCUGACACGGUGCAGGACUCUGGUUAGGUCUUGCUUUAAAACUAUGCAAUGCUGCCUUGUGUGUGUGGCCCUCAUUUCAGUUUAGUGUGUUCUGUAUUCAGGAGCCAAUGAUCAUACUUUAUUUUGCAGAUAUUUGUCAUUUUGUGGACAGUAAAUUGUGCUAUUUAUUUAUUGACUGAUUGUUCGGUGACAUACGGUCAAUGAAUAUUUACAGAUUUUAUUUGUUUAACUUGUUGUUUUGAUUGCAUAUUUUUUUAACGCAGCCUGGUGCUUAGUUGUCAUAAAGUAACUUCUGUUCCAGAAGACACAGACAGCCUGUUAGCAUUUUUACCCUACUUCCUCACCCACACAGCCUCAAGCAUAUGCCAGUGUCAGGUGACUAUGUUUAUAAACAGGUCUGUGUUGGCAGCAGUAAAGAUGCAAAGCUGUGUUGUUGAGGCCAAAGGCAGCCCGUGUCAUCUGAGCAGCCUGUGGUGGGCCUUUCCUCCCACCAAGCCCCAUGGUUCAGACAUGGUAGUGUCUGCCACUUAAGAAGACAAAAACUCUCACAAAGUCUCUCACCCUCUGUCUGUGUAAUGAAUAUUAGUACAGUGUUACAUAUUUAACAUAUUAAAGACAAGAAAUGCCACAUUCAUUGUUACAGAGCAGUGUGAGAUUUGUUCAGGGAAUUAUGGGAAGAUUUCCUGUCUUCCUGCACCAUCCCAACAAAUAAUAGCAAAUAAAUGGAGAAGAAUAGAGAA